AUGAUGAUUUUAUUCUUAAUUAUUUAGUAGAUACCCAUCUACAGUUCCUAGAAAGCUGUUGCUUUAUAUCCAACAGUAGGAGAAUACUUUGAAUACGUUCUAGAUGAUGUUUUAUACUACUUAUAAAAGACUAUUAAAACACGUCAGGUAGAAUCUAUAAAAUGCAAAAUAAGUUCUCAAAUACCAAAUGUGGAAUUAAUCAAUUAAUGGGAAGAAAUUUAUGGAACAGAAGGAAAUUGUAAAUAUUAUCAAUGACAUUAUAGAAUUUUAGUCAGUAUCAACAAAUUAGACCCAUUUUGCUACGCUUUCAAAACAAAAUGAAGUUACUUUAUACGAAUGGAAGAAUUAAGUACUCUAAUAAAUUGGACAGUCUUAACAAAUCGAAUCCUCAUUUAUUUGUUUUAGCAUAAAUUUGUCUUUAGAGUUUGAAAUUUUACUUGAUUGUUAUUAGGAGAAAUAAUUGUAUUUAAUGAGAAUACUAGAUGCAAAGAUGAAUAUAGUUUUUUAAUCCUCAUCAUAAGAGCCAUAAUCAACCAAAGUAUAAUCUAUUUUUAAUGGAACAACUGCUUUUAUAGUUUAUGCCUAAUAUUUUAAUAAUUACUCCCUUCUCUCACUAUUAUCAGAUUAAUUUAAUAAUAUGAGUAGCUACAAUGUUAAGUUUGUAGAAUUUAGUAUCCCUAUUAAAAUAGAUCCUAAUAUUUAUGUUCUAACCUCAACAAGUAUCUUAAUGUUUUCAAUAUCUUCAGAGUCUACUUUCAAACUAGAAUAUACUUACAUUUACAAAUCAUGUUAUAAUUUAUCUAUGAUAAAUGCUUAUAAUAACUUUUAGAUUUUUUCUUCCUGUGAUUUUGUAUAUGUUUUAUGUCCUUUAUCAAAGCCAGUUUUAACACUACUAUCAGGUUGUUCUGGCCUAUUAACUAAAUAAUAUAAUUAAAAUGUGAAUUAAACUUUUAAAAACGUACACCAAAAUAACUAUUAUACAAUAUUUUAAUUUACAGAUAAAAUACAAAUUUAUUAUUAGCUAGAAUAAUUUUAUGAAUAGGAGCACAUUUUUUUAGAUGAUUCAUAAUUAUUUUUAAACGGAUUUAAUGAAUUAUUUUCAUUUAAUUAAAAAAUCUUUGCUUAUAGAAUUUCAUAACCUACUUUAUCAUUAAACUUCACUAACUAAACUAUUGCAAAAAAUUAUAAACAAUUUAGCUUGAAUUGUUUAAGAAUUGAUAAAAUGGAUGCAUUUAUAGUAUUAUUUUUAAUAUUUAACUUUUGGAUUAGAAUGAUACUAAUAUUUAUGUAACUACUGAUGUAUUUUUCAAUUAGUAUUAACUUUAAUAGAAUUACAAUUCUAUAAUUAGUUUUUUGAACUUUUCAGGGCCUGCGCUUCAGUAUUCACUAAAUUCAGAAAGCAGUUCUUAAGGCUUUUAUUAGAUAACUUAUACUAAAUUAGCUGAUAUAUAUUAAACAUAUACUUUUGCACAACUUGUUAAAUAAUCCUAUGUUCUUGGUUUUUUUUUGAUUGGAUACAAUGGUUCAUCGCUUGAUUAUAAUUAUUGCUAUCAACCAAAUUAAAAAUCACCCUAUUAAUGCUCUAUUAAAAAUUCAUCAUAAAUUUCUAUCAAUGCAGAUUAAUUAUAGACUGCAUAUAGUUCAUAACCUAUGAUGGUAAUAGCAGGGUUAAAAGAAAAUUCGACAAUUUACUUGUUUAAAUUUUACUAUAACAGUCAACAUAAUAUUGAAUAAUCGAAUUUUACAUUUUAAGAAGUAUUCUCAGAUUUUCUUGUAGCUUAUCAAUAUAUUAUAAUUUUAUAUCUAAAUAAAGAAAUCUAAAUACUAUCUUUAGAUUACACAAAUAUUGUUACAUUAAAUUAAUAAUUAAUAAAUAAGCUUUUCAAAAAUAUUCAAUUUAAUCCAAUAUAAAUUGUUAUGAAUACUUAAUUGUUAUCUUCUUUACUAUUUAUCAAUAAUAUCAAUGAAGUUAUCAUAGUUUCAAUAGGUUAAAAUAACAUUCCAACCCCUAUUUCAGUGAUUUAAGUAAAUUUCAAAAUUUAAUAAAUAAAUUUAGUAAACUAAUAACUCAUUUUAUCAUACAUUUGCAAUAAUGAUCAGAAUAUUUGUUUCAAAGUUUGGAACUAUAACAAUUUACCUAAAUAUUAUUAUUCAAAAAGCAUGUAUAGUGUAAAAUUUGAUAAUAAUAUGAUUAUAUAAUCUGAUAAUUAGUACUUUUAUGUGACUUUUAGUAAUUAUACCGUUUAUAUUUAUAAUCCUUCUUUACCACAGCAUAUGAGUUUCUAUUAUAUCCUCGAAUUGGCAUCACCAAUAGUAUGCACUUCAGCUAUUUUUUUGAUGCAAGACAAUUUUAACUCUGCAGUACUUUUUUAUAACAAUAGUUUUUUCAAUCUUAAUAAUUUCUAAAUAUUCAAUUCUUCUUUUGAUGGAGGCAAUCCAGACGUAUACUACACAAAAACCUACCCUUAAGUGAUAUAUAAUUAUUCUGUAGUUUCAGGAAUAAAUCCAAAAUCUGUCUACCAAACUCCUAAUGAAAGUAUUUCUUAUUUAUCAAAUUUCACAACUUUUUAGAAUCAAAAACAGUAGCAAAUUCAACUUACUUAAGAUAAUUUAAUACUUAGGCCUAUAAAUUAGUCAUCUGAGAUUAAUUCAAUUGCAAUCUAAUAUCCUAUCAGUUUAAUCAU